CCUGAGGAUGUUGUCGGCGUAGGUGAGCAGCAGCUGGGAGGCGUCCAGGAACACGGCCCGCCCGUUCUGACAGAGCUCGGCCAGGGCCGGGGACAGGGAGGCGGCCAUGGCGGCUUCACCCGGGGGAACUACCGGCAGACAGGGGCUGGGAGAGCCGGAAACACGGGCAGCGCCUCCCACAGUGUGCACAGCGCAGGGCCGGAUGUGAACACACUGACAUACCCCCUCCGGCCGGCCCACAUCCUCCACACUACAGGUAUAUGGGAUGGGGGGGGAGCUGGGCUACAGGUAGGGUUAGCAGGACCCCCAGUCACAGGGUCAUUAGCUGAUAGACACACACGGACACUGAGUGUAUGCUGCCACACUGUGUGUAUACUGCCACAUUGUGUGCAUGUGUAUGUUGUAUGUGUGUGUAUACUGCCACACUGUGUGUAUGUUGUGUGUGUGUAUACUGCCACACUGUGUGUAUGUUGUGUGUGUGUAUACUGCCACACUGUGUGUAUGUUGUGUGUGUGUGUAUACUGCCACACUGUGUGUAUGUUGUGUGUGUGUAUACUGCCACACUGUGUGUAUGUUGUGUGUGUGUAUACUGCCACACUGUGUGUAUGUUGUGUGUGUGUGUAUACUGCCACACUGUGUGUAUGUUGUGUGUGUGUAUACUGCCACACUGUGUGUAUGUUGUGUGUGUAUACUGCCACACUGUGUGUAUAUUGUGUGUGUGUAUACUGACACACUGUGUGUAUAUUGUGUGUGUGUGUGUAUACUGACACACUGUGUGUAUAUUGUGUGUGUGUAUACUGACACACUGUGUGUAUAUUGUGUGUGUGUAUACUGACACACUGUGUGUAUAUUGUGUGUGUGUAUACUGACACACUGUAUGUAUAUUGUGUGUGUGUGUGUGUGUAUACUGACACACUGUAUGUAUAUUGUGUGUGUGUGUAUACUGACACACUGUAUGUAUAUUGUGUGUGUGUGUAUACUGACACACUGUGUGUAUAUUGUGUGUGUGUGUAUACUGACACACUGUAUGUAUAUUGUGUGUGUGUGUAUACUGACACACUGUGUGUAUAUUGUGUGUGUGUGUAUACUGACACACUGUGUGUAUAUUGUGUGUGUGUGUGUAUACUGACACACUGUGUGUAUAUUGUGUGUGUGUGUGUGUGUAUACUGACACACUGUAUGUAUAUUGUGUGUAUACUGACACACUGUGUGUUUAUUGUGUGUGUGUGUGUGUAUACUGACACACUGUGUGUAUAUUGUGUGUGUGUGUGUAUACUGACACACUGUGUGUAUAUUGUGUGUGUGUGUAUACUGACACACUGUGUGUAUAUUGUGUGUGUGUGUAUUGUGUGUGUGUGUGUAUACUGACACACUGUGUGUAUAUUGUGUGUGUGUAUACUGACACACUGUGUGUAUACUGCCACACUGUGUGUAUAUUAUGUGUAUGCUGACACACUGAGUGUAUAUUGUGUGUAUACUGCCACACUGAGUGAGUUCCAUCACGUUGUACAAAUGCCCUCUCAGCCCUUACCAGCUGGUGAUGCUGACGUAUAGCCAACAGCAACAAACGAGUGGGUUUAGGUUGAUCCUUAGGUUAUUGCUACUUGCAAAAAAACAAACCUUUUAAUGUUUACUCCAACUAUUUUUUUUAAUUUUUUUUUUUUAAAUCGUGUGUUUAAUAUUAAUGAUGCCCUAUUGGACACUAUUCAUUACCUCCUUCCUAAAAAUUUGCAAUAAAACAGUCAAAAAAGGAAGAAAAUAUAUAUAUUUUUAAAAAUACCUAGAAUCCAGGGCCGGGGAAUAUCAAAGCCCCUGCCUUUUGCGCCUCUUGUGACAUCACCAAGGGCUUUGUGUGUUCCAUUCAAAUACAUCUUCUACAGACGCAUUUGAUUGGUCACUCUCUCAGUGCAUGCGCACGCUCUGUGCCAGCAAGGGGAGGGAGGUGAGCAUUUAUGUUAGAGGUAGAUGUUAGGAGCAUGCACUGGGCAUUGAUGACAGGUCUAAUGUUUGCACAGGAUUAACAUUAGAGAGCCCGGAAAAGUGUUACAUGUGCCAGGGGUGUAACUAGCGCCCAGAAGAAAACAAAAAUACCUCUACAUGUGUAUUGUUUCAAGAAUAAAUGCUGCACUUACAGACUCCAAACACCAUGGCCACUUCUAAAAGCAUAAGUGGUCAUGGUGGCUAGAGUAACCCUUUAAUGACAAAACUAUUGCUGUAUUUUCAUUUAUUUUUUAGCAAAAAAGUCCCCUGCAUAAAUAAUCUUUUAAAGCAUUUCUUUAAUAGAAAAGUGAUGAUCUGCUUCCCUUGUCCUUUUUUUAACGCCAUAAGCCAGUGUGGCACAGAGAUUGAAUAUGCGCUUUUAGAGUGAUGAAAUGUCAAUCGUAUUUUACGUGUGGAGAUGUCUCUGCUCCAGCCAUUGCUUUUUCUUCUGAUUAGAUUUUCAGAUGGUUGAUCUCUGCCAGGCAAAUGGGUCCGUAUUAAUCCAUUGAUGACCCUACUGAACAUGCGUGGCAAUGACCACUCUGUACAAAUACACUACUUUGAGCGUUAUUCUUUUGGAAGAGAGCAUCUUAAACUAGAACAUCCUUCUCUUGUAUGGAAUAAAACUCCCAAUACUCACCUUUUAGAAUUUCGAUCAGUGUUAAUUUUGUCAACUAACAAUUUUAGUUAAAUUUUAGUCGACUAAACAUUUUGAGAUUUAGUCGACUAAAACUUGACUAAAAUACAACAAUCUAAAAUGGCAUUUUAGUCAAGACUAUGACUAAAGGGACCAAAAUGUCCAACAAAUAUAUAGAAUGCAGUAUGAUAAAGUCCUGCGAGGCCUGUGCAUGGUCUCCACUCACACUACCGCCACACUGACUCUCAUAUGCUUGUACUCAUGGUAGUAGACGACACUCCUUACCGUACCAUCCGCAAUUAAGGAGCCCACACCUGUAUUCAUGACUUGACAAGACGCUGGCCAUCCUAUCACAUUUCCCCUCGUACCUAAUACCUCAUCCCUCCCACCCGUCCCCAAUACUGCUACACAGCAACACAGUACUAGUAUAUGGUACAGAUCCAUAGACUACUAAUGUGCAUGACUAAUUCUUAUGGUUUACUCCUGUUAACAAGCUUAAGGGACUUGCGUGUCCAGCAAAGGAUAAAGUAUGCUAUCAAGUAGUGUAACGGAAUUGCUGCACCUGACCGGGUACCUUCCGCUGACGGAUGCUCCUAGUGCUUUCCGAGGACUCCAAGCACUCUGCCCGACACCAUAACCACUGCAGACCCCACGAACCGCCGCAGCUUGGUUGGGGUCUCGCCGUCUCCACCCACUCUGGACCCAAGACCAGGGUCCAGCUUCCAGUAGGUCAACCUCACUCCGAAUUCCAGAGAGCAGGAACAGGAACAAGCUCUUAGCAGAGCUUAGUGAUUAUACCCUGGGGAGUGUAGUGAUUAUAGCAAUCCCCAGAGUGUAGUUCUCCAAUCCCCCAAACGUGAGCCAAAACUUCAUGAAGGUACAAGAUGAUCUGACUUUUAAUGACCACACACUGGCUUUUAUGCAAGUCCCCAUACAAAGGGACAUCCCACAGGGUGGGACACAGUACAACCAAUCAUUUACAGGAAAACCGUAAAACACACCCAGCCCCAACAUACAAUCCCUCCCCUCUGCCUGUGAUAUAAUUACUGAACACAAUGAGUUAAUGUAAUUUAUCACAGGCAGGAAAAAUACACUUUUUACACAUAUACUGUAACUUAAAAAAUAUGCAUCAUAUUCACAUGAAACAUACAUAUUCAGAAUCAGCAUACUUUAAAUAUAAACAUACCCAAAAAUCAUACAAAUCCCCCCAGUAGAUAAAAAGUUAGCUGGGAGUCCUUUAUGACCGACCGCAAGCACAUUUUCAUGCCCAAAACAGUUCCAGAGAAUCAGGCUGUGCGGUCGGUCUAUUUCCCAUGUUAAAGUCAGUUCAAACAGACGAACGACAAUCAUUCGAAUUGUUGAACUGUCGAAUGGCGUUCGAACUGUCGAAUGCAUUGAAGUCUGGAGAAGGUAAAACUUCAGCUGAAUUAAAGAUGGCCGCCGCCACGUGUUCGUUUGUUGAUUGGCGGCCCCCCAGCAUUCGGCAAUUUACCUACAGCAGGCUCCCAGCCUGGGAGGUAAAUUGCCUGCACACUUCCACUUCUGGGUGGUCCGCCUGUGUGGUACCUGGUUCAGUAAGCCCCAUUUACUGAACCAAAUGGGAGAAAGCCAUAGACAAAGUAUUUUAACGGUCUGGGAACAUAGUCUUAAAGGGGCAUAGUCACACAAAGUCUCAAUAUAUCCCCAGACGGUUCUUAAAGGGCCAGUAUGGUCCAAUACAAGUCCAUAAACCACAAUGCAGUUCUUAAAGGGCCAGCAGCAGCACAAUAUAAAUCCAUUAGCCCAAAUAAUGUUUGUAAAGUGCCAUACAACCCAGGGCCAUAGUCAUGAGGCAGGAGGCUGGCACUCAGGCUCCUCCAACAGCAAGGGGCAAAGGGCAACUUGUCACCUAAAUAUCCAGUGACAAAAGGCAUUUCGUCACAAGUAGUGUCUCACAUAUGGAUCUCAGCCUGACAUACCGGAGACCUGCGCAUCUCUUGUGUUAACGUUUACUGCUGUUCUAAGGGGACAUUCACCAAAAAAACAAACUCUGACUAAAACUAAAUUGAAAUUUGCCGCCAAAAUGAACACUGGUUUCUAUAGCCACAUUAGUCUCUGUGACAAUUUGUAGGAAUAGGGGGUCACUUUCAUUAUUCUACACCAAAAUAUUGUACAGAUCAGGUAUAGGUGCCCUAUAUGCUAGCGAGAUUAAGCCAGUCAAUGGAACACUCCAAGCAACAAAAUCACUGCAGCCUGCUGUAGCAUGGUUUGACAAUUCAGCUGAAUUAAAAGCCGCUCACUUAAUGUUGUUGGCUGAUUACUUUUCAUCUUUCUGGCAGGAUGGGUGUAGCUAAGGAGGCGGUGUAGAAUUCUUUUUUUUUUUCUUUUUCUUUUUUUUACUAUAAAGAUUUGAGCAUGCAAAAAAAUACAACAUAAUAAUAAGGCCAAAAUAUAUCCAAAUCAUUAAAGUAGUAUUGGUGUCCUUUUAAAUUAUGGUUAAACAAACCACAGCACAAAUUCCAGGUUUUAUUUUGCUUAAGAAGUUUGGUUAAACAAUAUGUAUUUCAGUGUUUGUUAAUAGGCUUGUGUUUCUAAUGGAUAAAUAUUUGUUUUUAUCUAGACCUAGUAUUGAAAUUAUUCAUUACUCAUGACUUCUCAAACCAUUGGAAUCUGGCGCUCAGUCCCACGCUAUCCUUCAAUAUUGAAACACAUUGAAAGAUUACAGAUUAAGAAGAGAGUCUUUAGUGUGAAUGUUCCUAAAUCUCGGAGACGAGUUGUGGUGACUGGAAUUGGCACAAUAUGCCCUCUAGGAGUUGGUACAACGUUUGUAUGGGAACGUCUAAUCCAAGGUGCAAGUGGCAUUGUUGCUCUCGAAGGAGAUGAAUAUAAAAAUAUCCCUUGCAGAGUGGCUGCCCGUGUGCCCAGAGGACCAGCUAAAAGACAAUUCAAUGAAGAACGAUAUAUCUCCAAGUCGGAAGUUAAAUCCAUGUCAACAGCCACCAUCAUGGCACUUGGUGCUGCAGAAGAAGCAUUUGCAGACUCUGGCUGGAAACCAGAGACUGAAAUAGAACAAGAAAGGACUGGUGUAGCCUUAGGAAUGGGAAUGGUCCCUCUUGAUGAUAUAACAGAAACCUACACAUUAUUUAAAACAAAGGGAUAUAAUAAAGUUAGUCCUUUCUUUGUUCCUAAAAUCCUAAUUAAUAUGGCUGCGGGCCACAUCAGUAUCAAAUACAAACUCAAAGGUCCUAAUCAUGCUGUGUCAACAGCUUGCACUACAGGGGCCCAUGCCAUUGGAGACUCUUUCCGAUUUAUUGCUAAUGGAGAUGCUGAUGUUAUGGUGGCUGGUGGAACAGAAUCCUGCAUUGGCUUUCUGUCUAUUGCUGGUUUUGCAAGAGCACGGGCACUUAGUACUAGUUACAAUUCAAGUCCACAACUGGCUUGCCGCCCAUUUCAUCCUGAACGAGAAGGCUUUGUAAUGGGAGAGGGAGCAGCUGUGCUUAUUCUAGAAGAAUAUAACCAUGCCAAGGCCAGAAAUGCCAAGAUCUACGCAGAAGUUUUAGGCUAUGGGUUAUCGGGGGAUGCUUGUCACAUAACUGCUCCAAGUCCAGAGGGUGAUGGUGCUUUUAGGUAAGUGCAGGCAUAUUUGCAGUUUAGCAAAGUACGAAACCUUUAGUGACUGUCAUUUCCACAUGCAAGGUUUCAUGCAUAAAGGUGAAACUGGAGUGAUUUUGGAUGGUUUUAAAUUUGGUGCAAUCACCCUACAAAACCAAUGGAAUCUUGCAAUUGCUAGGACUUGUAUGUUUAUAAGACAGUUCUGAGGCUGAACAUGUUUUCAAAUUUUCUGGCACCAGAUACAUUCUUUAAAAGGGUUAUUAAUAACUAAAGUGAGAAUUGUCGUAAAUAAAGAUUGAAUUUCAAAUCUAAAGGCACACUAUUGGGUCAGGAGCACAAACGUGUGUUCCUGAGCCUAUAUUGUUAAACACACAUGUAGGAUCCAUGGCCCCCCCUUGCCUCACUUAAUUAAUAAGACAAUGUACCCGUGUCCCUAGCACAGGACCUCCACUGCUUUCCUAUGGGGAGCUCUAAUGCGCAUGUGCGGCAUUGCCGCACAUGUGCAUUAGGUCUCCCCAGCCGGUGGGCGGGAUCAGUCUCAACCACCGGUCGACGCAAUCACAGGAAGGAGCGGCGGCGGAUGAAGAAGCAGCGACGUGGGACAUCGUCGCUGCCUCUGGUAAGUUACUGAAGGGGUUUUUAUCCCUUCACCAACCGGGGAUUGGGGGGUGGGAGGGAGAGGGGACCUGCAGUGCCAGGAAAACGGAUUGUUUUCCUGGCACUGGAGUUUCCCUUUAACUGAAGUGAGAAUUGUCAGGAAUUCAAAGUGAACCUUUAAGUCCGAAAUAACAAAUCGGUAAACAUUUUCCAAAUGUAUUCAAUUUGAAUUGCUGGCAUUUCUCACAUUAGUGAAUAAGCCUGUUUAUUUAGUCUGUGCUUUAACCGAUCAUUAUAUUUUAUACACUGCAUGCUAUUAGUUUGCUUCCCACACCCAGUCAAUGCCCAAUAUAAAAAUAUGCUUGCAUGUUGUAUAUAGUGUGUCAGAAGAGGUCAGACAUGUAUGUGCUAGUGAUUAUUUCAAGUGAUGGGAAGUAAUAGUUCUAGAUAAGUGAUGUUUAAUUUCUGUUCCAAGACCAUGGUCAUGCUAAACAUUUUGCUAUCGGUGAAUACUUAUUUACUGCAAGGAGUUAAGGUACAGUGUAUAUAUUGUGUGAACUCAUAAGUGCUGCUGGGGCCUCAGGUAGGUGCCCGGUUAUUCAAUAGUGUUUCAACAUUGUCAAGAUUAUUAAUUAGAGUGAGAAUUGCUGGGGAAUCAAAGUGAAUUUAAAAUUUAAGGCAAAGAUAGCCAAACUGAAAAUAAAAGUAACUUGGAAAUUGUUUCCAGUUUGACUAUUUUUGCCCUCCAUAGUGCCGUGGUAGUUAACCUUUGGCACUCAAGAUGUUGUAGACUUCAUCUCCCAUAAGGCUUUUACAGCCAUAAUGCUGGCAAAGCAUCAGGGGAUAUAAAUGUAGUCCACAACAUCUGAAGUGCCGAAGUUUGUAGUGUUGGAAAACCCAGAUACAAUUGUAGAAACUGAUGAAUUUUCGCAUUUUUUUUAUUUUUUAUUUACAUAAGCGCCCGAUCACUAGUUUUUUGUUUGUUUUCAAAGUGUAAAAUCUUGUCUAUUUUAACAUUUAAUUAAUACUUUAUUUAUCUAUAUUAUGCUUCCUGGAAGAACAAAUUUAGUUUUCUCUAGUUUCCAAAUACAACCUUGGGUAUGCUAUCAGAUGUUCUACUCUACAUCAUAGAAUAUAUUUGAAAAUUUAUUAAAGUGCGCACACAUUUUAAAAGUUUUGUUUUGAAUGCUCUAGCCAGAUUUAAAAUGCACACGUAACAAAGGCAAGUAGGAAAUUGCAACAGGUGUGUUUAAUUCUUGAAGAGAAUUUGGUAAAUGAUAUACUUAUUUCUUAAUAAAGGUGCAUGAAGGCAGCCAUAAAGGAUUCAAAAAUACGGAUAGACGAAAUCUCCUACAUCAAUGCCCAUGCAACUUCCACACCCCUGGGUGAUGCAGCUGAAAACAGAGCCAUCAAGAGACUUUUUGGAGAACAUGCAUAUUGCCUUGCAGUGUCUUCAACUAAAGGUGCCACUGGACAUUUGCUGGGUGCCUCAGGGGCUAUUGAAGCUGUGUUCACUAUUUUGUCUUGUUACCAUGGAAUUCUACCACCUACCCUAAACCUUGAUAGGACUGAUCCAGAGUUUGAUCUCAAUUAUGUUCCACUUAAAGCCCAGAAGUGGAAAUCACAGAAUACACGUGUAGCUUUAAGCAAUUCAUUUGGCUUUGGUGGCACUAAUGCUACACUUUGUUUUGCAAGUCAUUGAAAGAUAUUUUAUGUAUUAGUAUUUAGUUAAAAUAUGGCAUUUUGUACUUUAUUAAAGUUUAUAUCAGUCAAUGGAAAUUGAAAGCUACUAAUCCUGGCUUGAUUUUACUCUUAUGUAUGCAAAGAUUUAACAUUUAUUGGUCACUAAAGUAAUGUAAAUCCUGCAGAUACAUAUUACCAUGUCAAACUCAAAGGCUAGCAUGGGCCACAUAAACAAGGUUUAAGUUUAUGUGGGCCGCAAAAAAAACCAAACCUUAAUUUUUCAUAGAAACGGAGGUUUGUUUAGAAAAGUACAGUGUAUAUAAAAAAAAAAAAACAGCAUCUCUCUGUACUAAAUCCUAGUCCCCCCCUCUGUACUAAAACCUAGUCCCUCCCUCUCUACUAAUUCACAGUCCCCCCCUCUAUACUAAAUCCCAGCACCCUCCUCUACUAAACACGAGCCCUUGUUUAAAAAAACAAUAUUAGCCAACAAGCAAACUCCACUUACAUUGCCGCUGCCAGUAUGCAAAUCCGGAGUCCAGCCUCUGGUAUACUCCCAAUGGCGCCGUCCGCAUCCUGUGCCAAAUGAAUACUCCUGCUGCUCUUUGAAAAACUAUGAAGGUGGAGCACGUUGACGUCACGUCAGAAUGUGACGAGGCAUUGCGUGCGUCUGUGCACCUUCAGGUCCUCAACUGUCCAGCUGCGGCCAUCGAAACACUGACCAACACACACUGACAGAAACACACUCACUGACAGAUACACACACUCUGACAGACAUACAUUCUUGCACACGCACCAUUUUAUUUAUUGGUCCCUACCUUUGGGAGCUGUUGUGGGGCCUCUCCCUGAUCUUCUCUCGCGAGCUCAGUUUUCCUGCUCCUCACGCGAGCAGUUUAGUGAUGCUGGGCACGGAAAGAGGUCUUAUUCCGGCACCCGGCAUCACUUCAGUGGGUGCGCUCGAGGAGCAGCAAGACUGAGCUCCCUUGCCGCCACCAGGGACCUCUCCUCCCCGGCCGGGUAAUUUUGGCAGAGUAGGCACCUGCAAUGUGGGGCGAGCAGGUGCCUACUCUACUUUAGUAAGCAUGGCAAACUUGUGGCUUGCUGGGCCACAAAAAUAUUCAUUGUGGGCCGUGAGUUUGACAUUCUUGCAUUAGAAUAUUCAAAGGGACACUCUGGACACCAACACAAAGUAAAGGCACCCAGACCAUGUCAUCUCAUUAAAGCGGUCUGGGUACAGUGCCUCUGUCCCCUUAACCCUGCAAAUGUUAAUUGUUGCAGUUUCUGAGAAACUGCAAUAAUUAUAGUGCAGGGAUGACUCCUCCUCUAGAAUCUGUCUUCCUAACCUCCACUACAGGCAUUUCCUGGUGUUUCACAGACUUUUACUUAGUGAAGCCACGCUGGAUGUCUUCACGCUUUGCAUUUACAUACUGUUCUUUGAAAAUUACACUACACUGCUGCCCCCCCUCAAAAAAAAAAUCCUUACUGUUUUGUAGAUAAAUUCCCCCUAUGAAAACAUGCAAGGAUUUAAUUAUGCAUUUUUAAACUGGGUCUAUAUCUUAAAAACGGCUUACAAAUGCUGCAACCUUCACAAGCCAGCCACAUCUUCCCCAGCCGAGACUUUCUGUGGCUGUCAAAUUCCAGGCUUCCCAAUGCAGCUCAUUGAAAAAUGUUUGCAAGGCAGGUGCUCUGGGCAAUUAUCUGCCUCUUGAGUAUAGUUUCACCGAGCUAAACAGCCAGGAAGUAACAUGACUGGUUGUCUGACUGACAAACAUGAGGGUGUAACAAGGUUAAUUUAUAAAGUUUGUCAAUAGGUGGCAGAUAGCGCCCAAAAAAUCUUUAUAAUAAUAAAAAUAUAAAGAUAAUAAAAUAUAUAUGUAACAAAGAUAUGUUCUUUUUUUUAUCACUAGGAUUAGAUCCGGCUUACUUACAUUUUUUGGAGCGGAUAUAUGGCACUCCAGUUGUACCACCCACGCUCAAGACAUAUGGUAUGGGUGGUACAAUCUCCAUCUAGGAUUCUUUGACCAGCUACGCUGAAAAUAUUUAUGUCUACACAAAUAAAAACUGUCCAACAAUACUUUAUUAGUUAAAAUACAAAAUAGAAACAAAUACUAGAAUAUCCACAGCCCAUUUCACCAGGUAGGCUUUAUUAAGUGGAUGCAGACAGGAGUACCUGGAAUAACAGUUGAUAUUGCUCAAAUAAACAAUGGUAAAUUCAAAAAGGGCGCCAAAAUUACAAAGUUGUGAUCAUUUGACUUUGUAUUUAUAUACUUCAAACAUGUUGCAGAUUGUACUUGUAUAAACUGUAAUGAGACAAGGCUUUGGCUAUAUUAUUAAACUUAAAAACCGAGCUUAAUAGCGUAUGAUGUGGGCUAAAGUAAUGGGUCAUGAGACACGGCGGCCAUAUUCUGCUUCAGCAAUCUACCUGCCGCAUUUGGUUAUAUGGGUCACGGUGGUCAACCAUGUGACUUGCAAUAUGGUCGCCGCAUCCGCUCGUACUCUGUUGCCAUGUUUAUUCAAUAUAUCUGCACACUGCCUGUGUUUCCCACAAUUCCUACAUAUUUUAGUAAGAUAAGGGCAGCUUUACAAUAUAUUAACUGGCAUAGACUCCUUAGUGGAAAAAAACACUGAGGAUAAAUGCAAUAUUUUCAAACAAAUAUUAGAAAGGUGCAUUUCUCAGUAUGUACCAUUAGGUAAUAAAUAUAAAAGAAACAAAUUGAAACCAAUGUGGCUUGGUGAGAAAGUAAAUCAAGAAAUUAAAAAUAAAUAAAUUAAAUCAGACAAAUCCGAGGCAUCCUAUAAAAGAUAGCAUGCAAAAAGGCGAUUCGAUUUGCUAAACUACAAAAUAAGAAACAUUUUUUAAGUACCUAAAUUAAAAAAAAAAUUUUUUUAAAAAUGUAAGUGUAGUGUAACGGAUCACCUGGCAUCCUGACUGGGUACCUCUGUUGAAGGAUGCUCCUAGCGCUUCCUGAGGACUCCAAGCACUGCAGCAGACACCACAACCACCGAACCGGAGAAGCAUACGAAUGCUCUCAAGCAUGUGAAUGCUGUAAGCAGCUGAACAGGAAAAGCAUACAAUCAGUUUACACUCCUGGCAAUCCGUACAAUACACACAGACACUCCCACACAAAAUCCUCCCCUCUGCCUGUGAUAUGAUUACUGAACACAAUGAAUAAUAUUAUAACAGGCAGAGAAAUACAGUAUUAUAAAACAUAUCACCGGGACCCCAAAACAUGCAAUAACCCCAUAAAAAGUAUAUCCUUGGAACCAGGAGAUCCUAGUCUGCAAAUUAUAGAAUUCUGAGCUUAACGUCUGUGGCUGGGAAAGUAUUUAAAAGGUUAUUAAUCCCUUAAGGACACAUGACAUGUGUGACAUGUCAUGAUUCCCUUUUAUUCCAGAAGUUUGGUCCUUAAGGGGUUAAGGGAUAAUAUUCAGGAAUUCACUGGGAAGGACAAUGAAUCACCUUAUCUUAGCAAAAAUAAGCAUGGUUUUAUGAAACAUAGGUCAUGUCAAACAAACUUACAGGUGAUACUCGAAAAAUUAGAAUAUCGUGCAAAAGUUCAUUUAUUUCAGUAAUGCAACGUAAAAGGGGAAACUAAUAUAUGACGCAUUACAUGUAAAGCAAGAUAGUGCAAGCCAUGAUUUGUCAUAAUUGCGAUGAUUAUGGCUUACAGCUCAUGAAAACCCCAAAUCCACACUCAGUAAAUUUAGAAUAUUGUGAAAAGGUGCAAUAUUAUAGGCUCACAGUGUCCUACUCUAAUCAGCUAAGUAAGCCAUAACACCUGCAAAGGUCUCUGUCUGGUUCAGUAGGAAUCACAUUUAUGGGGAAGACUGCUGACCUGACAGUUGUGCAGAAAACCAUAAUUAACACCCUCCAUAAAGAGGGAAAGCCUCAAAAGGUAAUUGUGAAUGAAGUUGGAUGUUCCCAAAGUACUGUAUCAAAGCACAUUAAUAGAAAGUUAUGUGGAAGAAAAAGGUGCACAAGCAGCAGGGACGACCGCAGCCUGGAGAGGAUUGUCAGGAAAAGGCCAUUCAAAAGUGUUGGGGACUUUCACAAGGAGUGGACUGAGGCUGGAGUCAGUGCAUCAAGAGCCAUCACACACAGACGGAUCCUGGACAUGGGCUUCAGGUGUCGUAUUCCUCUUGUCAAGCUGCUCUUGAACAACAAACAACGUCAGAAGCGUCUUACCUGGGCUAAAGCAAAACAAACCUGGUCUGUUGCUCAGUGGUCCAAAGUCCUCUUUUCUGAUGAGAGCAACUUUUGCAUCUCAUUUGGAAACCAAGGACCCAGAGUGUGGAGGAAGAAUGGAGAGGCACACACUGCAAGAUGCUUGAAGUCCAGUGUGAAGUUUCCACAGUCUGUGUUGAUUUGGGGAGCCAUGUCAUCUGCUGGUGUUGGUCCACUGUGCUUCAUUAAGUCCAGGGUCAACUCAGCCGUCUACCAGGAGAUUUUGGAGCACUUCAUGCUUCCUUCCGCAGACAAGCUUUAUGGAGAUGCUGACUUCAUUUUCCAGUAGACCGUGGGAUUACUGUGCUUGAUUGGCCAGCAAACUCGUCUGACCUGAACCCCAUAGAGAAUCUAUGGGGCAUUGCCAAGAGAAAGAUGAGACAUGAGACUGAACAAUGAAGAAGAGCUGAAGGCCGCUAUUGAAGACAUUGGUCUUCCAUAACACCUCAGCAGUGCCACUGGCCACGCCGCAUUGAGUCCGUAAUUGCUGCAAAAGGGGCCUAAACCAAGUACUGAGUCCAUAUGCAUGCUUAUACUUUUCAGAGGUCCGAUAUUGUUCUAUGUACACUCCUUGUUUUUUUGAUUGCAUGUAAUAUUCUAAUUUACUGAGAUUGUGGAUUUGGGGCUUUCAUAAACUGUAAGCCAUAAUCAUCGCACUUAUGACAAAUCAUGGCUUGAACUACCUUGCUUUGCAUGUAAUGCAUCUAUCUCAUAUAUUAGUUUCCCGUUUUACGUUGCAUUACUGAAAUAAAUGAACUUUUGCACAAUAUUCUAAUUUUUCGAGUAUCACCUGUAAUUGCAUUCUACGAAGAAGUAAGUAGAAGUAUAGAUCAGGGUGUUGCAGUGGAUGUGACCUACUUGGAUUUUGCCAUUUGCAUUUGAUAUGGUUCCACACAAUAAGUUAGUGUUCAAACUAAAUGAAAUUGGUCUUGAUUAAAAUUAUUGUUCUUGGGUAGAACAUUGGCUUUAAAAUAUAGUACAGAGCGUUGUCAUUAAUGGCAAAUUUUCAAGCUUGACAAAAGUAGUAAGUGGCGUCCCUCAGGGUUGUGUUCUGGGACUGCUUCUAUUUAACAUAUUUAUAAAUUAACUUGAAAUAAGAAUUGAAAGUCAUGUUCAGUGUUUGCAGAUGUAAAGUAAUACAGUGUGAGCAAGCUUUUACUUUGCCAGGCACUCAAAUGUCAGAUGACCGUUAAAGGGACACUAUAGACAUCCACACCACUUCAGCUCAUUGUAGUGGUCUGGGUACAUAGUCCCAAGUCCCUUAUCUCUGCAAAGGUAAUUAUUGCAGUUUUUAAUAAACUGCAAUAAUAACCUUUGGGGUUAACUCCACCUCUAGUGGUACCAGACUUUUGGUUGCCUAACUGACGCUGGACUUGCAGGAGGAUAUCCAGCAUCAUGUAAAACCCCAUAGGAAAGCAUUAUAAAUGCUUUUAUAUGGGAAAGAUAUUAAUGGUAGCACGGCCAUUGGCGCGCAUGCGCUUUAGGUCUCCUCCACAGGCUGACGGAGGUGGAGGAGUGGAGGCGGAGCCCAAGCCAUCACUGAGUGACAUCUGUAGGUAACAGAGGAGAGUUUUAACCACUUCUGCACCACAGGGGGACGGUGCCGACUUUGUUUUCCAGGCACUAUAGUUUUCCUUUAAUUGUAAAAAUUCAAAAUGAUACACUUUGGGGUAAAGAAUGUACAUUAAGAAUAAGAACAAAUGAGAAGGAUUUGUGAAUGGUUUUAGACAAUAAAGCAAGUAACAAUGUGCAAUGUCAAUCAUCAGAAGCUAAGGCCAGUAAGGUAUAUUCAUGUAAUAAAAGAGGCAUUAAUUCUCGGGAUGAGAAUAUAUUUUUGCCUCUUUAUAAAUCACUGGUAAGACCACACCUUGAAUAAGCUGUGCAAUUUUGGGUACCUGUUCUAAAGAAGGAUAUUAUGGCCCUAGAAAAAGUGCAGAUGUGGGCUACAAAAUUAAUAAAAGGAAUGGAACAUUUAGUUAUAAAAAAAAGUUAAAUGUAAAUCUCUUUAGUUUUGAAAAUUGGCGCCUCAGAGGGGAUAUGAUGGCAUUAUGCAAAUAUAUUCGGGGCCAAUACAAGCCAUUGUCUGGAAAUCUAUUCAUAAAAAGAACUAUACACAGGACACAAGGUCACUAUUUAGACUGAAAGAAAGGAGAUUUAGUCUAGGGCAAAGGAAUGUUAUUUUACAGUAAGAACAAUAAGGGUGUGGAAUUCUCUUCCAGAUAAAGUGUUUUAUCAGAGUACGUACUGACUGAAACAUACUGACACACAUUCUAUGAAAUACACUAUGCAUUCUCUCUAACCUUCAUUGCACUUUGCUCUUCAUUCCUGUCUUCUUUACUGCAUCCGAUGGCCGACACUUUUUUUCCAAGCCCCACUUCCUGUUAUUCUCCCGCUCCCUUGUCCCCACGUACAGGGCAAGGGGCGGGAGUGAGUGAAUGACAUGCCCUUGUGCUUCCGCGGUGCUUAACUGGGAGAGGGGUCCUGACUUAGCAGGCUGUGGUGAAUGCCAGACCGACGUUCUACCCUACUACUUUCUACGUUUUCCCUCAAUAAACAUGCUUGUGGUAUGUAGGGAGGUGAUGGUUCAUCCCGGCACUGGUGCGAUGACUUAACGCUUUCCCCCUGCUUACCUCCUUUCUGCAUAGUUUGCACUUUGGCAAGCGCUCAUAUGCAACGCUUUCAAAGUGGUUUUAAACAUUGCUUCAACAUGACACAUUGGCCUCUCCCUUUCGGCCUACUAUUGCUGUUAGAGUAGGACCUGCCAAAGAUGGGGUACAUUAUUGACAUUGUGGCAGGCUUAUGCAAUGUAUGAUCAUAUAAUGUAACUAAACCCCUAUUAUUUUUUUGCCUAGGUGAGGUGUUUUUAAAUAAAACUAUUACAAUCUCUAAGAUUUGAAAUAAUUGUUUAGUGAAUAAGCGAGUGUGCUGUAUUCUGUAUUCUGUAUAUAUAUACAUAUAUAUGCACAUAGGCGUCCCUGGACAUGCACUGACAGACAAAUACACAUUCACUGACAGACACACACAUUCACUCACUCACUCACAGAAACACGUGUUCACUCACAGACAGACACACAUUUACUGACAGACACAUACUAACAGAGACAUAUUCAUAUGCACUGACAAACACAUACAAAUUCACUGACAGACACUUUCACAGACAGACAUGCUCACGUUCACUGAAGGUGUAUGUGUUUGUCAGUGCAUGUAAAUAUGUGUCUCUGUGAGUAUGUGUCUGUCAGUGAGUAAUUGGUCAGUGAAAGUGUGUGUCUGUCUGUGCAUGUGAAUAUGUGUCUCUGUGAGUAUGUCUGUCAGUGAAUGUGUGUCUGUCUGUAAGUGUGCCUGUGACUAAAUGUGUGUGUCUGUCUGAAUGUCUGUCAAAUCAGUGAGAGUCUGUGUCUGUUAGUGAUGUCUGUGUUUGUCAUUGAGUAUGUGUGUUUGACUGUCAGCAUGUGUCUGCCAGUGAGUGUGUCAGUGGAUGUGUGUAUGUCUGGCAGUGUUUCAAAUCAGUGAGAGUGUGUGUCUGUCAGUGAGUGUAUGUGUAUCUGAGAGUGUGUUCGUGUCAGUGUGUUUGUCAGUGGAAGUAUGUGUUGGUUAAACAGUGUGUUAGACAAUGAAUGUGCAUCAGUGAGUGUAUGUCAUUGUAUGUGUAUCAGUGAGGGCAUGUUGUCUGUCAGUGAAAGUGUGUGUUGGUUAAAAAGUGUGUGCGUACAAAGAGGUAGAGUUUUAAGAGAAAAAGAUGGAGCCUAAAGAGGGAAGGGUGGAUCUUAAUCAGGAAGAGGUGUGGCCUUGACAGCAAAGGAUGGGGCAAGUUUAGAUUACGGGGGUGCCCCAGGGCAGCACAAAACUAAAAUACACCACUUGGUAAAAUUUCUCCUGGUGAGAAGAAACUGUGAGAUACUCUCUGUCUAUCAACAUCCAAGGAUAUAUUCUCUAACCUGUGACAUAUUCUGUAUAGUACACAGAUUGUCCUCUCUACAUGCAAUACAUAGCAGCAUGUCCACUUUAUCCCUGUCGUAUCACUUUCAAGUAGUUUUAUAAAUGUAAUUGUGUGUCUGGGCAGUAUUGCUAAUUACCUACUUGAGUAAUUGGAGUUUUGCAUGGAGUUUUUACAUGCUUCAGUUACCCUUCUUCAUAAUUAGUGCUACAUGAGGCUGUCCUCUGGCCAGGGAGAUACUUGCAGUGAUUUUAUGCUUUAUGUUUACUUGUAUGUAGGUAUGAUCCUAUAAGGUGUUUGCAUCCUCUCUAUAUUAAUAAAAAAUAAGUAAAGACCCAGUCAUUAAUAAAUAAAAAUUUAUAUUAUCAUUAACUUGUGGCUUGAUGAUUGACGGUGCCAUGAUACACACUGAUUGCUGUGUAGUCUUAAAUAUUAAGCUUAUUCCUGCCUUGAUUUGCCUAUUAAAAAUUUUGAGGAGUAGAGAAAUAUCAAACAGAACAUCCUAAUGGCUGUAAACAUCUCUCCAGAUGGUGUUAAGGAUGAUAUUGUUCCUAUUUUGGAUUCAUUAUUUUUAGUUAGUUGACAAGUGACAAUGUGUGAGCAGUAGAUAGGCAGGUGGAAUCCUAAACAAAAUAGCAUAUUUAGUGUAUAAAUGACAAAAUUAGGCGUGAGGAUAAAACAGAUUGAUGGAGUAGGUAUAGAUAGAAAUAAAAUGUACAUUCAUUGCCAAGAUCAUAUUUAUAAAGCGUUUCUAGGAUGAAUAUAUUGAAAUGCCUAAUUUACAUAUGAAGAAUAGGAUAUGUAUGAGGACCCUUAUUAAAGCCCCUAAAAAAAAAAAUCUAUUGUAUUUCAGGUGCCCUUUUUGUGGUACAAAAAUGCUUUUAAGUAAUUAUUUUAAUUUCUCCUAUGGCUUUCAAAAAAAAAAAAGGAAUACUGUAGGCAUUAUAAACUUUAGGCUUAUUCUCUUUGAAGUUGUUAUAGUACAAUAAGCAUGACUCCCCUCCCCCACACCCCCUCCAGUUACCCAAUUCUUUUUUGUUCUCGUAUAAUGGCUUAAAAGCACAACUUCUAGCUAUGCCUGCUAGUCCUCUGUGUCACAGGGCAAGGAAUCAAAUCAUAUGAUAAGGCUUUAAGCUACAUGCUAUAUUCACUUGAGCCUGAAGUUAUAUAUUCACGAAAACAUAUAUGUG